GACGGCGAGCCGUGUAAGCAGUCGGUCGUGUUGUUGUCGCAGGUGACAGCUGAACUCCGUUUAUACGACUAGUGAAAUCUUAUUGUUAUCAGCAACAUAAUCAUCAUCAUUAUAAUAAACAAACCUAAUUGUUAUUAUUCAAAUUGCAAUAGUCUUGACUUGUUUUGAGUGCUCGCGUGUGUUCGAACAAGCGGUCAGCGCGAAAAGGAUUCGAUUGCUCUGACUAUUUCAACAGCAAAAUUGUACGAUAAUUGGUUGGACAAGCUUUUAGGAUAUGCGGCAUUAUCCUGCCAGAACAAAAACAUAAACAAAAGCCUCUUGCAGUACACUCGUCACCAAGUUACGUGCAACAUUUUGUUUGUGUCUGUGUCACCACGUUGCGGUUUCUACGACAAUCCUGGCAAGCAUAUCCUGACCCCGCGGACUCCGCGCCCCUGUCCGGUUCGGUGUGUAGUUAAUGCGGUUUUCCCUCCGCCUGCCCUGAGUUUUUUGUGUGUGCCGCUGCUGCUCGAAAGCGGCCGCCUUUGUUGCAUGGCAACACUUGGCUAAUCGAUGAGGUGCCGAAAAAAGGACACACACACAUACGCCCAGUAACGCAAGGAUAACACAAGGAUAAUGACCUAAACCGAUUUGCUUACAAAUUGAAACCAUGCAAAACUAAAUUGCUACUGCAAAAAUGUGAGCAGCCACUGGGGAAAGGAGCCAAAGCAGCAAAAGAAACCCGAAACGAAUACAGAACAAAACCAAAUAAUACACAAUAAUAAUAAUAAUAAGAAAGAAUAUUCCCACAGUUGGCCACUGGCCAGUGAAAUGCAGCGCCAAAGACUGUAUCCACAAUAAUGUAAGGCAAUAAAAGGCUAGUAAAAGUCUAGUUGAGGGGGAGGUAAACAUUUGCGAAGCAAACAAUGCAAACUAAUAAAGCACUUAAGAGGAUUCUUCUUGCAGACAGCAAAAGCAACAGCAAAAGCAACAAUCAAACGGGCCACUGGGCGUAUGAUUAACAUUGAUAAUCGGCAAAGAAUUUUCAUUAUUUACGCCGAGCGCCAUGGAACGUGAAAUGUGCCGAAGGCGUGGUUUAAUUACUAAUAAAUGCAUUAAAUAUGCUCAAACCACAACAACAACAACAACUGCAGCAACUGCAACAACAACUACAUCUGCAACAUCAGCAACAACAACGCCGCUAACGGCAAAUGGAACAACAACCACUGGGCCAAUACUGGAAGUGGCGCUUAGCAGCUCAACCACGAAGCCAUUAACGGACAUGCAACGAAACCACCUGCUAAAGAUGCCAACUAAAACAGCAACAACAGCAACAACAACAGCGACAACGACAGCAACCAAAACAAAAGGAAUACCAACAACAGCAAAUUGUGCAAACUCAGCAGCAGCAGCCGCAGCAGCAGCUGCAGCAGGAGCAACAACAACAACAACAGCAGCAGAAAGCAUUGCCAGGACAUUAAGGACAUUGGUACACAGCUGGCCACAGUCUGGACUGCUCUUGACGCUCUGCCUCAGCCUGAGCCUGGUGUGCGUCAGCGAAGCGGGCUUCGCCUGCCUCAGCAACCCGUGUGUAUUUGGCGUCUGCAUCGAUGGCCUGAACAGCUCGUAUUCGUGUUACUGCAUUGACGGCUACACAGGGAUCCAGUGCCAAACGAAUUGGGACGAAUGCUGGUCGGGCCCCUGUCAAAACGGUGGCACAUGUGUGGAUGGUGUUGCCUACUACAAUUGUACGUGUCCGGAAGGAUUUUCUGGGUCAAAUUGCGAGGAAAAUGUGGACGAAUGCAUGUCAAAUCCGUGUCAGAAUGGCGGACUAUGCCGUGACCGUAACAAUGGCUACACCUGCACCUGCCAGCCGGGCUAUCUGGGGGAUCACUGCGAGGUGGAUGUCGCCGUCUGCGACACGGGCACCGGCGCCCGUUGCCAGCAUGGCGGCGAAUGCAUUGAGGGGCCUGGUCUGGAGUUCAGCUGUGAGUGCUCAGCCGGCUGGCAUGGCCGCAUCUGUCAGGAGGAGAUCAAUGAGUGCGCCUCCUCGCCAUGCCAGAAUGGCGGCGUCUGUGUGGACAAACUGGCUGCCUACGCCUGUGCCUGCCCCAUGGGUUACACGGGCGUCAACUGUGAAGAGGAGAUACUCAUCUGUGCGGACAAUCCCUGCCAGAACAACGCGCUCUGCCUCAUGGAGGAGAACAUACCCACAUGCUACUGUGUGCCGGACUACCACGGCGAGAAGUGCGAGUUCCAGUAUGACGAAUGCCAGCUGGGCCCGCGCUGUAUGAACGGAGGCGUCUGCAUUGAUGGUGUCGAUACCUUCUCGUGCUCCUGCCCCCCACUUCUUACGGGCAUGUUGUGCGAAUGCCUGAUGGUGGGCGAGGAAUCUCUGGAUUGCAACUACACGGCACCUCCGAUAUCUGCACCACCUGUGGUGCCCAUCACACCUUCCAUGUUCCCGUCAACGUUGGCGCCUCCCACUGUGCGACCGGUUACGCCUCCAGAGACGACCAUGGCGCCAAGCACACCGCCUGCAGCUCCUGCAACCACCACACCAGCAGUUGAGCUUUCGUCUUCAUCGGAGGAGCACUUGGUGGGGGUAAAAGUGACGGCAGCGCCUCCAGAGAGCGAUAGUCACAGCAUAGACAAAGAUCUGACAACGAGAAGGCCGCACCUAGAGCUGGAGCUUACGCCAGAGAUGCAGCCAACAGCCGGACCCACCACACCACCAGCAGGCAGCUCCUCUUCCGUCUCCUCCUCCGAGGAAAGUCACGCCAUCUACACGACCAUACCGCCGGUGCCCGCACCCGGCGUCACCUCUUCCUCUGCCGAAACUUCCUCGGAAGUGAUUACCUCCGAGGAAUACACAACGGUGCGGCGCUUCGAUAUUAGCGGCAGUGGUGGCAGCAGCUCCAGCGAGGAACCCACCACCACAAUGCGCCCCACAUCACCCCAAAGGCCGAGCAUAACCAUUGCCGUGGACUAUGCUUCCUCUGGCAGCUCCGAAUCUGUGGAGCAACCGAUGACUGUAACCACACCCGGCAGCAUCUUUGUCCAUCGGGUGACCACAUUUGGAACAAGCAUCUCUGUGGACUACGCCCCCACACCGACGCCCUAUUUUCCGCCAGAAACCACAUUACGUGCAACGAAGUCUCCCCUGGAGGAAACAACGCGACAUUUGUGGACCGAGCUGCCCACUACGGCGGCACCUUUUUUCACGGAUUACCCAGCUGAGGUGCUCAUUACCACACAUCGCACCAGCGCAGGCAGAUUCACCACAGUGCAGCCGCCCACACCACAACAGGAAACCACCACAGCUCCACUGGACUAUGAACCACCCAGCGUGGAGCUAACCACGUCACAAGCUCCUCACAUUGUGGUCACCAUUCUGGAGGGCAACACAACGCUUCCAACCACAACAUAUAUGCCAACAAUGACAACCCAGCGCCUGCAGCCACAAACAGCUCACGCAGCCACAGGAAUACCGCUGGAGUGGGAGCCAAGCACCACACAGCUACCGCCGGCUGUAACCAUGCCCAUGCCCGUGGAGGUAACCACUUCCCAAACCAUGACAACAGAGGAUUUGCUUGGCCCGCCGGCGCCGCCUCUGAUGACCAUCGAACCACCUCGGGAGACAACCACUCCCAGAGCAACAGGUACCCUGGCACCCACACCCAUGCCUACGGAGCCGCCAACCCUUCCUAGCCUGCCGGCAGCCACUGUGCCACCAACCCCACCAUCCACACAGUCGGCACAGACUAUGCCACCGCCCACGCCACCGUUGCAUGCCUACAAUACGCCCGGCCAGCCGGAGUUGCCCGCGCAGACGAAGCCGCCGGUAACCGAGAGCAGUGAGGAGGCGGAAGGUGCCAACACGGUAGCCAUCGGCAGUGCUGCUGGUGGUGCAGAAGAAAAAUCCGGCGAUGUCGACUGCAUUAAACUCGGCUGCUACAAUGGCGGAACCUGUGUGACCACAUCUGAGGGAUCCCGGUGUGUUUGCCGCUUUGACCGCCAGGGGCCGCUUUGCGAGCUGCCGAUCAUCAUCCGGAAUGCCGCCUUCUCCGGCGAUUCGUAUGUGUCGCAUCGCAUCUACAAGGACAUUCCACAGCAUGAAGCCCUGGACGCGGUGCUGCCCAUGCAUAUACAAUUAAAGGUGCGCACCCGGGCCACCAAUGGACUGAUCAUGCUGGCUGCCGCCCAGGGCACCAAGGGUGGCCACUACAUGGCGCUAUUCCUGCAGAAGGGUCUCAUGCAGUUCCAGUUCUCGUGCGGGCUGCAAACGAUGCUGCUGAGCGAACUGGAAACGCCUGUGAAUACUGGCCACGAAAUUACCAUUCGAGCUGAAUUGGACUUCAGCCGCAAUUACACGCACUGCAAUGCCUCGCUGCUCGUCAACGACACGCUGGCCAUGUCCGGGGAUCAGCCGACAUGGCUGAAACUGUUGCCGCCGCGCCUGCACACGCCCGAGGUCAUACUGAACACUUGGCUGCAUUUGGGCGGCGCACCCCAGGCGCCAAUUGGCCUCAUUAUCGAACUGCCGCCUGCCCAAAGCGGCACAGGCUUCACCGGCUGCCUCCACACACUCCGCAUCAACGGACAGUCGCGCGAAAUAUUCGGCGACGCACUGGACGGCUUUGGCAUUACGGAAUGCGGCUCGUUGGCCUGCCUGUCGAGUCCCUGUCGCAAUGGCGCCGCGUGCAUCAAGAUCGAAUCGAACGAGCUGGACGCGAACGGCGACAAGGCCGAGAAAUGGAAAUGCAAAUGCCCCACCGGCUAUAUGGGGCCGACCUGCGAGAUAUCCGUUUGCGAGGACAAUCCCUGUCAAUAUGGCGGCACCUGUGUGCAAUUUCCGGGCAGCGGAUACCUCUGCCUGUGUCCGCUGGGCAAGCACGGCCACUACUGCGAGCACAAUCUCGAGGUGGCACUGCCCUCCUUCUCGGGCAGCGUUAAUGGCCUCUCCUCGUUUGUGGCCUACACGGUGCCCGUGCCGCUGGAGUACUCUCUGGAGCUGAGCUUUAAGAUACUGCCGCAGACCAUGUCACAAAUUUCGCUGCUCGCAUUUCUGGGCCAAUCCGGCUAUCAUGACGAGAAGAGCGAUCAUCUGGCCGUCAGCUUUAUACAGGGCUAUAUAAUGCUCACCUGGAAUCUGGGCGCCGGACCACGUCGCAUCUUCACACAGAAGCCCAUAGAUUUCCGACUGGAUGCGCCGCGUGUGCCCUACGAGAUCAAGGUGGGUCGCAUCGGUCGCCAGGCCUGGCUCUCAGUCGAUGGCAAGUUCAACAUUACGGGCCGUUCGCCGGGCAGUGUCAGCCGCAUGGACGUGCUGCCCAUUCUGUACCUGGGCGGCCACGAGAUCGCCAACUUCAACACGCUGCCGCACGAUCUGCCGCUGCACUCGGGCUUCCAGGGCUGCAUCUACGAUGUGCAGCUCAAGGCCGGCCAAGUAACUGUGCCGCUGCAGGAGACACGCGGCGUUCGCGGUCGAGGUGUUGGACAAUGCGGCACUCGGGAAUGCCACAGGCACGCCUGCCAGCACGACGGAGCCUGUCUCCAGCAUGGCGCCACCUUUACCUGCAUUUGCCAGGAGGGCUGGUACGGUCCGCUCUGUGCACAGGCCACAAAUCCUUGCGACUCCUUCAACAACAAAUGCUACGAGGAGGCAACUUGCGUGCCGCUUGUCAACGGCUACGAAUGCGACUGCCCGGUGGGACGCACGGGCAAGAACUGUGAGGAAGAAAUACGUUCACUGAGCGACGUCUCACUGACGGGUCGGCGUUCGUAUCUGGCCGUGCGUUGGCCUUACCUCUAUGAUGGCGGCGAUAAGCUGGGCGCCAAGCGCUCCCAGAUGGUCAGCUAUCGCAACUUUACCAAGAAGCUGAUGCCGCCCAAGCCCAUCUCCACGCCCAGCACACACUUUGUAAUGAAGCUGCUCAACGAGGUGGAGAAGCAGCGCAGCUUCUCUCCCGUGCCGCUGAUGGGCUCCAAGACCUUCGAGGAGCAUCAUCGUGUCCAGUUUUUCUUCAUAGAAUUCCAGCUGCGUCCACUCUCCGAGCGUGGACUGCUUCUCUACUUUGGCACGCUCAAUAACAAUCAGGACAAGAAGAUCGGAUUCGUCUCGCUGUCGCUGCAGGGCGGUGUCGUCGAGUUCCGCAUCUCUGGACCCAGCAACCAUGUGACCGUCGUCCGAAGUGUGCGCAUGCUGGCCAUUGGUGAAUGGCACAAGAUCAAAAUGGCGCAGCGCGGACGCUGGCUGACAUUGUGGGUGGAGGGCAGCGCCUCGUCGGCGUUGGCGCCCUCCGCCGAGGUGCUUGUCGAGCCCGAUUCCCUGCUCUUCAUUGGCGGCCUGAAAGAUGUCUCCAAGCUGCCGCACAAUGCCAUCUCCGGCUUCCCCAUACCAUUCCGUGGCUGUGUCCGGGGCCUCGUCGUCAGCGGCACUCGCAUUGUCCUCAACGAAACGAAUAUCGUGGAAUCACGUAACAUUCGCGAUUGCGACGGCACCGCCUGCGGCGGGGAUUCCUGUGAGUCGGGCGGCCACUGCUGGCUGGACGAGAAGCUGCAGCCGCACUGCAUCUGUCCGGAUUAUGCGAGGGGCGAUCGCUGCGAAUACUCGGAGACCUGCAAGCUGAUCCCGUGCAAGAACAAUGGACGCUGCCUGCGCAGUGGCCGCUGCUCCUGUCCCAAUGGCUGGGGCGGCUUCUACUGUGAGAUUGCGUUGAGCAAGCCAACAACACCAAGCUUCCGCGGCAACAGUUACCUGAUCUUGCCGCCCCCUCGCAUUCCCAUGAAAGACAAGCGCCGCGGCCCUUCGCUCUACGCGCGCCCGCGCGAAGCCAUACAAAUCUCACUGAACUUCUCGACCAUCGAACCGGACGGCCUACUGCUCUGGAGCGAGCACGAUCAGUUGAAAUUCCUGGGUCUGGGACUGGAGAAUGGCCACCUGAAGCUGGCCAACAAUCUGCUGGGCAGCAAUAAUGACACCGUUCAGGCACCUGCGAGCGGCUUCGUAGCCGAUGGCGCCUGGCACGGCAUUAGUGUGCUCCUGGAUCGCACACGCCUCGACCUGCAGCUGGAUGGCGCAGUGAUAUUCACGGAGCGGCUGCCCGAGCUCAACCGACGAAUGACAACAACCCCUACGUCAUCGAUUCAGCGUCGUGGGGGCAAGGAGCCAACGAUUAGCUACGAGGAUAUUUUCUAUUUAGGUGGUUUUCCCAAUCAGGACUCGGUAAGCAUGCGGACGCAAGGCCGCUUCUUUGAGCCAUUUAAAGGCUGCCUGCAGGAUAUUCAAUUCGGAGCGGAGCCAAAAGCCGUAAUAAACGAUUUCUCAACGUACCAAGGCGAAAAUAUUGGCUCUUGUGAUUUGCACGGUGAUGAGCCGAUUAUUUUAUAAAUCGACAGAUGAAUCAAAAAAUACAAAAAGAAGUAAUAACAAAAAAAAAGAAAAUAUUAAGAGAACAAAUUGUGUAACCUAAUAUUCGUAUAUUAUUAUUGUGAAUUACAAUUGAAUAAUUGUGGUCGAAAUUUCAAGUAAAACGGAAAACAAGAAACCCCAAAAGUUAGAACUAAGCUAAGUGUUAAGGGAGUUUAUAUUUGCAAAAACCUCCUUAAUCAAUUUUAAAGUAUACAGAUGGGGGAUUGCUGCAUGGAGGAAACGAAAUGGAACAUAAUUUUGUAAAUUUUAUAAAAAUAACUGACAAAAA